AUGGCGUCCCAGGAGCGCAAGCUUCCGUUUGGGAAGAUCGAGCCCAAUUCGGCCAAGUAUUUUGCGAGCUGCACCUUGGGAGGAAUUGUCGGACCGACGCAUACGUCAGUGACGCCGCUAGACCUGGUCAAAUGUCGCCGACAAGUCGACCCGAAGAUCUACACCUCCAACCUGUCCGCGUGGCGCACCAUCUUCUCCAAAGAAGGCCUGCGCGGCGUGUUCUUCGGAUGGUCGCCCACGUUCGUGGGCUACUCACUGCAGGGCGCGGGCAAAUACGGCUUCUACGAGUACUUCAAGUACCUGUACGGGGAGCAGCUGUUCCCGGGGACGAACCGCACAGUGGUGUACCUGGGCGCCAGCGCGUCGGCUGAGUUCUUCGCGGACAUGGCGCUGUGCCCGUUCGAGGCGAUCAAGGUGCGCAUGCAGACGACGCUGCCGCCAUUCGCGCACACGCUCCGCGAGGGCUGGAGUAAGAUCGUCGCGCAGGAGGGCGUCGCCGGCCUCUACAAGGGACUGUAUCCGCUGUGGGCGCGCCAGAUCCCCUACACCAUGACCAAAUUCGCAACUUUUGAAGAGACCGUCAGCAUCAUCUACCGCACGCUCGGCAAGCCCAAGGAGAGCUAUAACUCGCUGCAGCAGACGGCGGUUAGCUUCUCCGGUGGGUACAUCGCGGGUAUCUUUUGCGCCGUUGUGAGCCAUCCGGCCGAUGUGAUGGUGAGCAAGCUGAAUGCGGAUCGGAAGGCUGGUGAGGGGGCCAUGCAGGCCGUGUCACGGAUUUAUAGGAACAUCGGGUUUUCCGGGCUAUGGAAUGGUUUGCCAGUUCGUAUCGUCAUGUUGGGAACAUUGACUGGUUUCCAGUGGUUGAUUUACGAUUCGUUCAAGGUGUUCCUCGGUCUUCCGACUACCGGUGGUCAUUAG